AUGAGUGUUCAAAACCAACUUAGUGCAAAAAAACCAGCAACCCUGACGAAGAAAACCCAACUACAAUUGAUGAGACCUGCCAUAAGCCUUGAAGACAUAAUUAAUGUCAAACUGAAAAGGACUCCAUGUGCCCAAAGGACCGACAAAUUGUCGAGAAUACUGACGCCGUCAAAUAAUUUACCUCGAAUAUCACUUGAAGCUCUCCGCUCGGUGAAAUUGAAGAAAACAUCUUUAUUGAAAGAAACUAGUCCAGUAAAGUCAAAAUCACCUAAGGGGAAAAUACGUCAUGCUCUUCGGCGUCUUCCCGUCACCACCAGCCCUGGCGGAACACCUAAAUAUGAGCGAAUAUGUCAGGAAGAUGACAUGACCCCGGUCAUGUCCCGCGUUCUACUUAAACGUUUCAAUGCCUUCCAAAUGAGUCCAGACGAAGAGAACAAAGAAAACGAUAUACAGUUUCUGUAGUUUACUUCAUUUUUCUUAUUUCAUCAAUCCAAGAAACGCCAGUCUGGAAGAAAAUCUACUGGUCUUAUGCGUUAUUGUGUACGCGUCAUUCUUCUUUUCUUUUUAUGCUUGUUAUUUCGACUACAUGUUGCUAUUUUGAAUUUCAACAUCAAUAAUAUUUUUGAAAAUUUACAUUUUAUCUCAUUAUGUAUGAGAAAUAAAAUCUACUAUUUAUCUUUCAAGAUAUAAAA